CGGCACGCACCACCUUCCGCGAGCUCAACUCGUACCAGGAGACCGUUGUACAGACUAUCCUAUCCUCUGCUCCUCGUGACAGAGUCUGCCUGGUACAAGGUCCUCCGGGCACUGGCAAGACAACUGUAAUCGCAGAAUCAGUCAAGCGUAUCCGAGCGGGCGACUCUCGGCGGACAAUUUAUCUCGUCGCUCAAUCUAACGUUGCUGUGAAAAAUAUUGCGGAGAAGCUGGCAAAAGACGACUUUCUAGAUUUCCGAAUAUUGAUCUCGCACGAAUUUCACUUUGACUGGCAUGAACAUCUAUACGAGAAGAUUGAGCGUAAUAUUCUCGUCUCGGACCAGUUCCCGAAGACUAUGCUGGACGCCGAAUCUAAGCUCGGAGGUGCCAAGGUCAUACUAUGCACCCUGAGUAUGAUGUCGAAUCCAAAGCUCUCCGUAUUCACCCAAGCAGUCCCUGUUGAGACCGUCAUCGUUGACGAAGCGAGCCAGAUCGAGACCGGAAAUUAUGUGCCGCUUUUACACCUCUUCAAAACCACCGUUGCGAAGGUGGUAUUUAUCGGUGAUGAUAAGCAGUUGCCACCAUACGGACAAGAGAAUAUAUGUGGGCUUCAGAGCGUUUUUGAGAUAUCUCGCCUUCGAUCAAAGGCGAAGCUUCUUGCAGUACAGUAUCGUAUGCCGAGGGUCGUAGGGUCGUUCAUUUCUCGCCACGUUUACGAUGGUAAAUUGGAGACCGUACAUGCUAUAACGUCUGCGAGCGCCUGUCGCUUUGUCGAUGUUCAGAAGGGUAGGGAGAAGCAAGAGGGGCAUAGUUGGAUUAAUGCAGAAGAAUGCCAUGUCGCCGUUCGCAUUGCUCAAAGGUAUAAUGACGAGGGAAAAGACUUCCGUAUCAUUACUCCGUAUGACGCCCAACGUAAUCUAAUCGAAGGUGCUCUCCGUCGAGAAUCGAUUCCGUGGGCAGACAAAGUCUUCAACGUCGACGCUUUUCAAGGAAAUGAGAGUGACCAUAUCAUCAUUUCUCUUGUUCGCACGGAGAAGCUGGGUUUUUUGCGUGACCUGCGGCGUUCCAAUGUUAUGCUUUCGCGAUGCAAAGAGAGUAUGACCAUAUGUUCAAGCCGUACAUUUCUUGAAGGGAAAGGGUCUACUUCCCUUGCCGGAAAGCUAGCGAAGGAGUGCGGCAACAGAGCGUGGCGGUCGGUACAAGAUGUUUGGAAUGGCCGACUGUAG